AUGCAUGAGGAAGAUCCUGCUCAGGACUCUGCAACCAAUGAAUUGUCAGUUGUUACAAAAUUGACAGAUUUGAUCGACCAAUCAACAAGUCAUCAUAAUUGUCUUGUGAGAUUUUAUGAGGAUUUUUGUGGUUAUUUGAAGGAUGAUGACGAUUCUCUCUUCUCAUCUCCAAAUACUUCUCCAAAAUCAUCUGCCAGUAAUCCAUUGAUUGUUGAGUCACCAAUGACAAGUCCAAUGACACCUCUUUCACCAAGAAAACAUUCAUCCAAUCAAUUAUUGAAAAGAAAGAGAAACCAUUUGACUAGCUUUGUGGAUUUUUGCCUAUCAAAGAAGGUUCUUUCCGUGGAAUUUAUUAUUGACCUUGCUAAACAAUUCCACUCUGAAAUUUCAGUGAAAGAUAAUAGAUAUUUACUCAAGUCUUUUAAGGAAAGUUUCACAGGAAAGGAUUCAACAUUAUUGAUUAGUCAGAUCAUUAAGGCAGAGACAAUUGUGGAGUCAAAUAAUGGGUUUGGACUUUCUCAAUCCGAUGAGAUUAGACUAUUCAGUCAAUGCUUUUGUCAAAUCUUGUUGAAUUACAAAUUUAUUUUCCACAUGACUCACAAGAAACAAUUCAAAGAUUCCAAUAAUUCAUUUUAUGGACUUUGUAAAAAUUUGAAACAAGCAGAGUCUGAUUUUAGAAAUGAUUACUCGGCCAAAAUCCAAACACCAUCAACCCCAACUUCCAAAUUGGAAGCUAAUAGUUCACAUUCCAAUUCUUUCAGAAAGUCAAUUUCACUUGCCUUAUCACUUAACUUGAAGAAAGUUCACGAAAGUAAAGAAGUUAAAGAAGCAGAGGAAAGUGAAGAUGAAUAUGAUGAACAUGAACUCCCAAUUGGUUAUAUCAGAUCAGCCAGAGCUAGUACUAGUUCUAGCUCAAGUAGUCCCAUUGUGGAUAAUUUAACACCUCCUAACAAAUCCCAUUCAUUCAACAUUAACCGAAAGAGUAGAAGAAAUACCCUUAUGCUCAAUCAGCUCAUUAUUCCAAAGUUGAAUUUUAACAAUCUAAUGAAUCACGAAUCAGAAAUUAAUUCUGCAAAAUCAACAGUUGUUGAAAUUAGUGAACCAUUUGAAAUCCAAUUUUCUGUACUUAACAGAAAUGAAAACCCAAUCCCUAACUCUAAAGAUUCAGAUGAAGAGUUAUUCGAAUCUCCAAGAAGAUUCAGUUUUGCUAAAAAAACUCCAUCUGCUGAUCUUCCUUCCACAUCUCGUAGAUCCUCACUCUCAGAAUUUUUAAGAGACACCUACAUGAGAGAACAAUUCAAAACCUUCUCCAAAGAUGAAUAUUCACAAGAGAAUAUUAUCUUUUAUGAGGAAGUUUUGAAAUUUUUGAAUUCAAUCUUUUUAUCAGAAGAAGAACAAAGAGCCCUAGCUCUGAAACUCUACCAAUUAUUCAUUCCAUCCACUUCAGUCUACCAGUUAAAUCUUCCAAGCAAAUUAUUGGCCAAAUUCAAAGAUGAAUUUGACACUGAUUUUGAUAAUGUUGCCAAUGUAGUACUCCUCUACAAGGAAGCACUCACAGAAAUUGAACAUGUCAUGAAAGAUACCUACACUAGAUUCAAAAUGGGAAAAGAAUAUCAAAAGUACAAGCUUAGAAUGCUCAAUGAGGAUGAUGGCUUCACCACCUCACGUUAUUAA